CAGAACCCGCAGCACUAACGCAGCGACGGCAGAACUUGCAACCGCAGCAACAACAACAACAACAAACAAAACAGCACAGAUUAUGAGCUCGAUGAUGGACAACCUGCAACUGUCGCAACGCGUGGGCCCGAGCGACUAUGGCUGUGAUCCAUAUCAAGUCGUGGUGUCCACGGCGAACGGCGACGAGCUCGUUCACGAGUACUGCCUCUACUCCUCCGCCUACGGCGGGCCCGUGCGACCGGACGCCGUGACCGGCUUGCGCGCCGAGCCGACCGGCGGCGGCCGCGCCACCAUCAAGUGGGAGUGGUCGGGAAAUUCCUUCGACCUCGCGAGUCCGGGGGCUUACUUCGAGCGCGACGUGAUCGUAGAAGAAGGUCGCCUCGCUUGGGCGGGGCCCGUGCGCAAGACGCCGAAGACGAAGGCCGUCGCGCCAGCGCCGAAGGUCGAGAUCGGCGCCCCACUGCGGGCGGCGGACGUGGCGGUGAAGAGCGAAUGGCGCAUGAACGGUUGCGACGACGAGUGGGAGAUCCACGUGAGCCACGCCCCGACCGGCACGAAGCUCGUGUGGAAGGGAACGUCAACAGCUGAAAACCAAGAUAUCAAGAAGCUCCGCCACGCCGACGUCGACGGCGUGGUGCGCAUCGACUUUUUGUACUACGUCGGCGAGAACGGGAACAACUCCGCGUCCGACCGGAGCCUGCUCGUGAAGCUCGGAGCGAAGGGCCUCGAGUGGGUCCCCAAGCAUGUGUGUAGUGGCAGGUUGUAUGAUGGCCCUUGCAGUGGUUGUGAGUAAGAACUAAGCC